AUGAGUGAUGUUACAGGGGUGCUAUCCACACCAAGAACGCCGGAGCAUCCUUCGGCGGACCAAGAACUCAAUAUAAAUGAUGUAAAGGAGAUACCAGAUGAGGAAAUGUUGGAUUUAGACCUUAAUCCUGAUUUAAGUACGAAUGAUGAUGACUAUGAAUAUGGAAAGGGAACAGUAUCUGUCGGGAGCAAGACUAGUAAAGGUACGUUGAAUGAUAUAGUGGAUGAAGGUUAUGAUAAUAGCGAUGAUUUCCAGUCCCGUGUAAAUUUGUAUUUUCCAUUUCUAUCACCAGAAAAGCUGCCCGAUAUUGACAAUCAUACCAGUAGCAACAGACGCCGAUUAUCAAAUUCGCAACAAUCCAAGUUUAUUGUCUACUGUGACCACCAACUGGCGCGUAUUCGACGAAAGGUGGUUCAAAGUCAAGGGCUACGGCCGGAGCAAGGGUAUGAAAUGUUGACGGAUUUAAUUCUCGACUUGAAAAAGGUUGUUGAUUUCAUAUGGUAUUCGCUAGAUUGGUGUUCAAAUACUGAAUUGUUGUUGGACCAGGCCGUGCAGCAAGAAGAGCGAGACUACAAGGGCACACAUAACACAAACUUUGGACAACAGCAGUAUCUGAUUCAGAUUGCAGACGAGUUUCCUGAUUAUUUAGAUAAGUUUUCAUUCAAAGCGUUAGACAGGAAGCAGCUGCAGUCGACUUUUUCCAGGGUCUUCACGUUCAUGAAGACGUUUGAUAUGAUGUUUGUACGACUGUUAGAUGGCAAAAUGCCGGGUCAGCAUGGUUGCACGUUGACAGAAAAAGUACGGAUAGCAGGGGUAGUACGUCGUACAAGAUACAAAAUGCAGUCUAUCAUUCAUUACCAGCUCCUUCAAAACUGGGGUGGUGAUUGUGAGCUCAUUCAAGAAUAUGACCACGAAUCCAAUACGGUUUACGAAAAAACUAUGCAAAGAUGCAUGUGA